AUGGACGACGCAGCAAUGUCGAAAGGGCUAUUACUAUUAUAUGUGCUAGGUGCCUAUAUUGUUAUGACGUUAGCAGUGGUGGUAGGCUUUGCUAGUCAAUUUUUCUACUGGAUCUUUAUUGAUCUCUGCGGUUUUCGUAAUCGAAAUGCAAAUCGUAAACUCACUUCAGCAAAUAACAAAAAAGACAACGAAUAUUAUUCUCUUAUUAUUGGCUCUGGUUUCUCUGGUUUAGGCAUGGCUAUCAAAUUAAAAGAAUUAGGUACUGAUAAUUUCACUAUUAUUGAACGCCAUGGACAUGUCGGUGGUACAUGGUAUGCAAACACAUAUCCAGGAUGUGCAUGUGAUGUUCCAUCUAAUCUUUACUCGUUUUCAUUUGAACCCAAUCCAAACUGGUCGUAUUUCUUUAGUCGACAACCUGAAAUAGGUCAAUAUCUUGAACAUUGUACCGAUAAGUAUGAUAUUCGUCGACAUAUUCAAUUCGAUACAACAGUUACAAAACUUGAAUGGAUUGAAGAUCGACAUGUAUGGAGAGUCACAACUAAAUCAAAUGAUGAAGAAAAACAAAUUUAUGCUCGAUUUGUGAUGGCUGGUUAUGGCCCGUUAUCGAAUGCAUCUUAUCCAACUGAUAUUCCUGGUAUUGAUAAAUUUGAAGGUCGAAUGUGUCAUACGGCUGAAUGGGAUAAAACAAUUGAUUUUAAAAAUAAACGAGUAGCAGUAGUUGGGACUGGUGCUAGUGCCAUUCAAACUGUACCUGAAAUACAAAAAGCUGGUGUAACACAAUUACUUGUUUUUCAACGUACACCACCAUGGAUUAUUCCUCGAGUUGAUAGAAUUGUCAAUGAUUGGGAAAAACGAUUGUUUGCGAGAUUUCCAAUUAUUCAAAAACUUGUUCGAGGUUUUGUCUAUUGGGUACGUGAAUCAACUGUACUCUCAUUUACUUAUCGUCUACCUGUUCGACUUUUGAAUGAAGAACUUGUUAAAUUUAACCUUCGACGACAAGUAAAAGAUAAGGAACUAAGAAAAAAAUUAACACCCAAAUUUGAUCUUGGUUGUAAACGUGUUCUUCUGUCGAAUGAUUGGUAUGCAUCUAUACAACAGCCAAAUGUAAAAGUAGUAACGGAUCGUAUGCAAGAAAUCAAAUCGAAUUCAAUAGUAACUUGUGAUGGCGUCGAAUAUCCAGUAGAUAUCAUUAUAUGGUCAACCGGAUUUCAAGUUCAAACGUUUCCAUUAGAUGUCGUUGGAAUAAAUCGUCAAAAUCUACAAGACCAAUGGUCAGAAACAAUGCAAGCAUAUCGUGGCGUAACUGUACCAAACUUUCCGAACACUUUUCUUCUUCUUGGUCCAAACACGGGUCUUGGUCAUAAUUCGGUGAUAGUCAUGAUUGAAGCACAGAUACAUUAUAUAGCCGAAGCUCUUCUAUAUAUGGAAGAACAUAAUGUUCGCACGCUCGAUAUUAAACAAGAUGUACACGAUGAGUUUAAUCACAAAUUACAAGCAAAAUUGAAGAAUACGGUAUGGCAAAGUGGUGGUUGUCGUUCAUGGUAUCAAGAUGCCAAAGGAAAUAAUACAACAAUCUGGCCUGAUUUCACAUGGGUUUAUAUUUUGCUGAUGAAAAACUUCGACUUUAAGAACUAUAUGUUUCAAUCAUGA